AUGGAUACUUUCUUGCGCAACUGGCGACAGGAUGCCCUCAACCGACACCAAUACGACUCCGCCAUAUUCGUCGGCGACAAGCUGCUAGCCCUCACCAGUAUGCUAGAUCCCAAGUCCAUCAGGUGACUGGCGUGUUGACAUGCUACAGAUUCCGAAGAGGAUGCAUUCGCUCUCGCGCAAACACAUUUCGCUGCCGGAAACCACACGCGCGCACUCGCCUUCGUCUCGAGAUCAGACCUAAUACACCGCAGGUCCGCCGCACGAUACCUAGCAGCACAUUGUCAUAUCAAACAGAACCGACACGAGGAGGCGCUCGAAAUCUUGGGAGAGAAGAAUCCAGUCCACUUGAUCACGACGACAGACGCGGCACGGCGGAAGCUCCAACAUUUGAGCGAUGGCAUAUCCAGCAGACAGUAUGGAAAGUCAAAGCUACCCAGCAGAUCCGAACGAGUGGACAGGAGUGAAGAGCGAGAUCGGGAAGAUGCGGUCAACAUCAAAUACGAAGCAGGCAUGUGCUACCUUCGAGGGCUAUGCUAUGCGAAGCAGAACGCCUUCGAUCGCGCGAAGCAAUGCUACAAGGAUGCAGUGCGGAUAGACGUGCAGUGCUUCGAGGCUUUCGAUCAGCUGGUCAAGAAUGCGCUCAUGAGCCCAGCGGAGGAAUGGGACUUCUUGGACACUCUCAACUUCGAGAGUAUACCGCCAGCACCAGGACAAACAACGGCACUGCCCGAAGCUGCCGACUUCGCCCGGAAUCUCUACAUAACACGGUUGUCCAAGUACGCGCGAGCAGACGAGCAUCAGGCCGCCGUGGAGACAUUGUCAACGCACUACAAGCUCUCGCGAAACCCGGACAUCCUACUUGCCAACGCCGAGAGAGAGUUCACCCGCUCCCGUUUCCAGAGUGCUCUUGACCUAACAAACCAAAUCUUGGAUGCCGACCCCUACAACUUCGCUUGCCUGCCUUUGCAUCUUGCACUUUUGUCUGAGUUGCAACACACGAACGCCCUCUUCUCUUUGUCGCACGACCUCGCAGAUACUCACCCCGAGGAGCCCUGUACCUGGUUGGCUGUUGGAACCUACUAUCUUGCCACCAAUCGUGUACCGGAAGCCCGAUCGUACUUUUCCAAGGCAAGCCUGAUGGAUCCUCACUUUGGGGCAGCGUGGAUUGGCUUUGCGCAUACCUUUGCAGCAGAGGGGGAGAGCGACCAAGCUAUAGCUGCAUACAGCACUGCUGCGCGACUGUUUCAAGGUUCCCAUCGGCCUCAGCUCUUCCUUGGGAUGCAAGAGAUCGCGCUUGGUAACCUCACACUGGCAAGAGAGUAUCUGACGGCGGCUCACGGGCUCUGCAAAACCGAUCCGCUGCUGAUCAGUGAGCUCGGGGUUGUCUGCUACAUGGAGGAGCGCUAUGAGAGCGCAUGCGAGCAUUUUGAGUUUGCCCUCCGGAUGGCAGCCGAGAACGAUGCACCUCCCAGCCAAUACGUAUCCACGCGACUCGACUAUGCGCAUGCUCUGCGGAAGGACCAGAAGUACCAAGAAGCGCUCGAACAAUUCGACGAAGUCAUCCGACUUGGCCUUCGGGAUGCCGGGGUCUUCUCCUCCAAGGGUAUGGUCUUGCUUGAUCUUGACCAGCCCUUUGAGGCGACCGUCGCCCUCCACGAAGCCCUGGCUAUCAGUCCACAAGAUCCGAUCGCCAGCGAGCUACUCAAAGCCGCUCUGCCCCAGCUUGAGGACGUCGGUAUUCUCGGUCGUGAAGACGAAGAGGAACUCGACCGGCGUCUACAUCACGAACUGAAUCAAGCGCAACGGGUACGGAAAUCACGAGGGCCGCACAGUAGCCGUCGGCGGCGAAACGUCGAAUCCGGAGCGGAUACGUGGGAGGAGAUGGAUUUAGAUGGCACAAGCAUGAAGCAGGCAGGAUAUCGGCAGCGUGGGACUUAG